AAGAAUUAUCUCCGUGUACAUGUGUUGUGUACAUAUGUUGUGUACAUAUGUUACACCUACAUUCUUAAGAAGGAAAUCAUAAGAAAUCUAUCAGCGUUAGGGACUUAUAGACACAUUACUUGUAUACAGCAUUGUUAUAGUUGGGGAACGGAGAAAAAGAGAACAGAAUCAUCUCAACCUACAGACAGUGUGACCUGCACAUCACUUAGUGAGAUUACCUCCCCUGUACAGGAAGUUGGUCACUCCCCAAAACAGGAACAGGAAGUCAAACUAAAAAAGGAGACCUCCCCAACACAGAAACAGGAAGUGAGUGAGGCUGAAGGGUACAUCACCGGUGAUAAAGUUAUUAGUCAAGGUCAAGGACCAGAAGAAGGGGUAAGUGAGGAAAGUGUGACUCCUGCUUUUGUGGAAAUUGAAGAGAAGGGAAUUGAAGUACAGAGAGAGGAAGUUACUUAUAAAGUGAUAGAGGAUAUUCAGAGGGACGAAGAGGAACAAUUGGAUCUUGAAAUCCAGCAAGCACAGGAGGAAUUAGCCAAAGUUUGGGAACGAGUUAAAGCAGAAGAAGAGGAAAUGUCGAGUGAAGCUUUGACAUCAGCUGUGAACCGGCUUGAAGCCGUAGCUACCAGACUUGAAGCACUGGCUUUAAAGGCACCAUCUACUAGUCGCGGAGCAAGUGCUGAACCAGAUGCGGUAGCCCCAUAUGUUCUGGCAUUUGACGACAUCAUUAAGGGAGAAUUUGCCAAUUUCAAGUCAAUCAGUGCCAAGAUUGGAGGAGACGUGCAAGUUCUGUGUGACUCCAUAACAAAGGCAUUCGAAAACCAGAGGGCAUUCCUCAACAUGGCCUCCAAGUGUAAAGAGCCCACUGAUAAGACUUUACUGGCAAAGCUACUGCAGCCUAUGUCACAGUGCAUACAACAGAUUAUGGAGUUCCGUGAAAGUAAGAGACAGAGCCCAUUGAUCAACCAUCUGUCCACUGUUAGUGAAUCUGUCCCUGGAUUUGGCUGGAUCUCUGUGGCUCCGACCCCAGGCCCUUACCUUAAGGACUUUAUGGAUGCUGGUAUGUUCUACUCCAAUCGCAUCCUAAAGGAAUUCAAAGACAAGGACCAGAAACAUGUUGAUUGGGUGAAGAGCUGGAAUGCAAUAUUCAAAGAACUUCAGAGUUAUAUCAAGGCUAAUCAUACAACAGGGGUAGCCUGGAAUUCUAGGGGAGGGGAUGCUGCUAGUUUCUCUGCUGGAGCUCCGCCUGCACCCUCAGGAGGGCCACCAGCUCCACCUCCACCCGGCCCCCCACCACCACCCCCUCCACCAGCAGUUGAACCCUCAUCUGGAUCAGCACCAGAAAGUUCUGGAGAAGAUGGAAGGUCACAGCUUUUUGCAUCCAUUAACCAGGGCACAGAUAUCACCAAAGGCCUAAAGAAGGUGACUGACUCUAUGAAAACCCAUAAGAACCCUGCUCUGAGACAGGGUCCUGCCCCCUUUAAGGCCACACAAGUGAAGUCAGCACCAAAGCCUGCUCCAAAACCAGUAGCCAAGCCUGUGUCUAAACCUCCAGUCACAGAGUUACAGAAUAGCAAGAAAUGGAUUGUGGAGAACCAUGUGGAUAACCGAAACAUUGAGAUUACAGACACUGCCCUUAACCAUACUGUGUACAUCUUCAAAUGUCAAAACUCAACCAUUCAGAUCAAGGGCAAGAUCAACUCCAUAGUUGUAGACAGCUGUAAGAAAGUUGGUGUGGUUUUCGAUGAUUUGGUGUCAUCUCUGGAGUUCAUCAACUGUCAGAGCGUGAAAGGACAGGUGAUGGGGACAUUGCCAACAGUGUCUAUAGAUAAAACAGACGGUGCCCAGAUAUACCUCAGUAACGACUCACUCAGCUGUGAAAUAGUCACCGCCAAGUCUUCAGAAAUGAACAUUGUCAUACCGAAGGACGGGGACUUUGUCGAGUUCGCUCUUCCAGAACAAUUCAAGACAAGUUUUGAUGGCAAGAAAAUGGUGACCAACAUCUCAGAUAUCUAAACAUCCCGGAUGAACAUUGCCACCUGGUGGACACAUAUUGAACUAUGCUAGAUAACUCUCAAAUCAUUCCAGAUUUUUUAGAUUUGGAAUCUGGGCCGUUCUGUAGUCCAAUGAUCCACAAGGAAAGACAUGUCAACAGGUUAUUCAACUGUGACCUAUUUUUGUGCUAUUUUUUUUUGAUAAAAUGAUGAUGACAUUAUGGCCAUAUUCAAAACUAUUUUUUAUCACCAGUGAUAAAAAUUAGAUAUGUAUGAGAAUAUUUGGUGGAAAAUAAUUUCAUGUUGCUGACAUCAAGAAACCUCCUACAAUAUCUAAUUUUAUUAAUUUCAUUGUAAAGAUGACAGGAUUUUUCAAAGAAAUUAGAUACAUAUAAGUCUACCAAUUUUUUAGAUAUAUUAUGAAGACCUUGCCAAAAGUGCUAAAUAGAUAGGGUUUUGAAUGUACAUCAGUUUACUAAUUUGUACUAGUGCAAUUAUAUUUCUAAACAUUUUUGUGUGAUGAUCAUUCUUGAGUGAAUUUUUCGUAUUCUCAUUUAUGAACCUAGACUUGUAAAAUCAAUUCCUAUGAUAAAUGCGUGAUUUAAUUACUAGCCUUAUACUAAGAGAAACGGGAGGAUAUACUUAAAGGUGUGAAAGUCCGAGUGUUGUGUCCAACAAAUACAACCUGAAACCACAACUUGACCAGAAUCCUCAGGCUUAAUACCAUAUCAGAAUUUAGUUGUUACCUCCCUUAGAUCAUUGGCUUUUCAUCAAUUAGACCGGUACACACUAAGUAUGUAAAAUCCUUUCCCGAAGAGAUAGGUAAAAUGUAUAACACAUUUUUCUACAGCUACCAAGAAAUACUGAUGCUUAGCAAGUUUUUUUUUUAGUUUUUUAUUUUGCAUUAUUUAAUUAUAUAAUCAUCUCCAGGCUUGGUUCAGAUGGACAGAACAAUGAUAGAAAGUCUAUGCAAGAUCUUGUGAUAACUCUUACUGCUCACUGUACAGGUUAGUUAGUAUUAUUUAGUAAAAAUGUCGGGUUUACAAACUGGGCAGAUAAAGAUUUGAUUAAUAGAAGAAGGAUUAUUGAAACAACCAUGCCAGUUUCUUCAGCCCAAGAGAUUUAAAUAAUUUUGUUUAUUUAAACUUAUAUUCAUAACAGUUAUAUAAUUUUAUGAGCAACAUGUUAAAUUGGAUUACCGAUACCCUUGCACCCCUUUUAAGAUCACUUUGUGAUCACCCAUAUAGGAAAAUCUAUUGUGGAGGAAAGGGGUGUAAGGUAUUCCUACCUGUACUUAUAUACAUGUAUAUUGUCUCUUGUAAUAUUAAUAUUCUUUCAAAGGAAAAACACUUUGUACUCUAUAGUUAUCAAGUACGAGUUAUAGAUAGAAAAAGCAAUUUUAAAUGGAUGACUGUAUUUGCCUUGAAUAGUAUGAUUUGAUGCUAGGGUGAGCGAUGACAAUUUCAGCAACACUGUUUGAAGUCUUCAUUUUUUGUGUAUUUAGUAAUAAAUUAAUUUUUGUUUGGAUGCAAAAAGAAUUAAUUCCAUUUUGCUUUACUUUUUUUAAAUCAUUUUGUUUCUGAAGAACUUUAAAUUCCAAUAUCAGUAUAGAAUUGAUAAUCAAUUUUAUAGAAACUUUUAUAUAUAUAUCACAUAGUGCUAAUAAUUUCCUAUAUCUAAUUCAACCUUAACUUAUUUAGCUUAAUGUAUUCAGUUCAACCUUUUCUGAUUUCUCUAUUGCUUACAUAUAAUAAAAACUUAGUUUAUCAGCAUCCUGCAACCCCUAUCUGGCUUCAAUGGAUGAAUCCGACAAGUCCAAUUUUGUUUCGCAGACGAGUUUAGUCAGGUCCAAUAACCACCAAUGUACCUGUUACUUCAGAUAAAACAAUAGUUGAAAACAGCCCCUUUAGAUAUUAGCAGUAAAAGGAAUUGGAUGUCUUGUAGCUGACAUACCUGGUAGUAAAAUUACUAAUUCAGCUGGACCAAUGAGACAGUAAAACUUGUUAGCUGAUGUAACUUGGGCCAGUGAGGGUUCAAAGGACUUUGUACAGCUAGUAUUUCUAAAUAUCUGAUUGUAUAUGAACAAAUCACAUUACAAAUAAAUAUCUUUAACCAUAGAA